CGCAGGUCCGCGGGGAGGGGCGGCCUGCCGCAGGGCCCACCCCGGGGCGUUCCUGAAGGGCGCCCUCGGCCGCCCCCACCGCCCCGCAGAUGUACUAUGCGGUUUCCCAGGCGCGCGUGAACGCGGCCCCCGCGACCAUGCUGCGGCCACAGCGGCCGGGAGACGUGCAGCUCGGGGCCUCCCUGUACGAGCUGGUGGGCUACCGGCAGCCGCCCUGCUCCUCUUCCUCCACGUCCUCCGCCUCUGCCACGGCCCCCCUCCUCCCCAAGGCGACGCGCGAGAAGCCGGAGGUAACCGCGGAGCCGCCGGGCUCGGGAGCCGGGGCGGGCGCGCACGCAGGCGGCGGCUCCCGGGCAGAAGCCAAAGAAGAGCAGCAGCAGCAGCUGAGGCGUAAGAUCAACAGCCGCGAGCGGAAGCGCAUGCAGGACCUGAACCUGGCCAUGGACGCGCUGCGCGAGGUCAUCCUGCCCUACUCGGCGGCGCACUGCCAGGGCGCGCCGGGCCGCAAGCUCUCCAAGAUCGCCACGCUGCUGCUCGCCCGCAACUACAUCCUGCUGCUGGGCAGCUCGCUGCAGGAGCUGCGCCGCGCGCUGGGCGAGGGCGCGGGCGGCCCGGGGCUCUGCACCUGCGCGGUCUGCAAGUUCCCGCAUCUCGUCCCGGCCGGCUUGGGCCUGGCCGCCGUGCAGGCGCAGUUUUCCAAGUGAGACCCGGCCCGGGCCCGGGGCGCCACCUCGGCCCGGGCGUUCGAGCCCCCGAGCCUCGCGCCAGGGGAGAGCGGGACCGAGCCUGGAGCAGGAAUGCGUUUUGAGCCUUUUCACCCAGAAGAAGGGACUGUCGGGCGUCCCCUCCCCAGCCCGCACUGCGGGAAGUCAGUCACCCGAGCGGAUGUUGGACCGAGUGUGGGCGCUGUCUGGGGUCCCGGGUCGACUCCAGUGCGGCGGGCAGCCGGUGCGCUCGAGCCCCACACUCACCCAGAGCAAAUCCCCCGGGGUCCCUGAAGUUCUGCGCUUCUCGGGGCGGUGAAUUUCACCGAGAGGCGCCAGCCCUGGGGCGGCAGGAGGCCAGCCCGGAGCUCGACUGCUCACAGAAGCGGCACCGACGAGCCAGGGGCCGGGGCUGCUCUCCGCGGGCGGGCCGGGCCGGGCCGGGCAGGGCCGGGCGCUCUCCUUCUCGGGGGCCGGGGCCAGAGGUCAGUGGCGUCGCGGUCCCGCUAGCCCAGCUGUCGUGGGAGGCAGUCGUGCCUCCAGCAGCCGGUUGGUCGGUGCAGAUAGUUCCAGGCGUAGCUGCGACAGACUCGGCCGUCAGACGGGGGGCGUCGCGGUGCUGCGAAGGGGCGAUGACUCCUUCUCAGGCCGUUCAGAACCCGAGGCGCACGGUUUCGUUCCCCUCCCCACAGGUAGCCUCGCUUGCUUGAAACAUUGCAGCUUGUUGACCAACAAAAGCAAUCACCUUUCCCGGAGACGGUGUUCCUGGCGUACUAAAAUAGGUAACGAGGCGUUUCGUUUCGCAGUCGCCGUCUUGCCAGAACGCACAAUCGCUAAUAAACGCUCCCUCCGGCUCCGCCAAGGCGCAGAGGAGACUGCGCCCCAAAAGCCGGCGGCUCGGCGGGGGCCGGCCGCAGAGCUCGGCCGCCGGGGUCCGCGCUUCCUCCGCGGCCCCUCGCGCUGGCUCACCCGUGCAGGGCCGGUUCGCCCCGCGGCUGCAACUUGCAGUGGAAGAACUCAGCAGAUGGCCGGUCUUGUUUGGUUACAGACGUUAACAAAUUACUUCACCCAAGAUAAUGUUAUGAUCUAGCAACGCUUGCUUUGAUUUUUCUGUUUAAGGUUUUGGGUUGUGGGUAGUAGCCGAAUUUAACGGGCAUAUUCUUUUCUCUCUAACUUUGUUUUCGUUGCGCGGUGAAGAAUCAACAAAAUAAAACAUUGAAACACC